ACUAUUCAUACAGAUUUUGGAGAUUAUUUGAGGUUAGUCACAAAGUUAUUAUUCUUUUACAUACUUUUCGAUACCCUUUCGUGUACGUGUCUUAUUUUGAUGUGGUUCUAAAAGCGAAUUCUUCGUCCUUUUUCACUGCUGAACUUGAACAACCCAUACCAACCAUGGCUAGCCUGGAAGAUAAAAAGCAUCUCAUAACCCGGAACUUACAAGAAGUUCUGGGUGAGGAGAAACUUGUUGAAGUCCUCAAACAGAGAGAUUUGAAAAUCUACUGGGGAACUGCUACAACUGGGAAACCUCACAUUGCUUACUUUGUGCCCAUGUCGAAGGUAGCAGACUUUCUUAAAGCUGGUUGUGAAGUAACAAUACUGUUUGCUGAUCUACAUGCCUAUCUAGACAAUAUGAAAGCCCCAUGGGAACUUCUGCAACUUCGCACCCAGUACUAUGAAGCUAUAAUUAAAGCUAUGCUCACCUCUAUUGAAGUGCCUCUAGAAAAAUUGAAAUUUGUUAGAGGUACAGAGUACCAACUAACAAAAGAGUAUACACUAGAUGUGUACAGGUUGUCAUCGGUCAUCACCGAGCAUGAUGCUAAGAAAGCUGGAGCUGAGGUGGUGAAGCAGGUUGACCAUCCAUUACUUAGUGGUCUGUUGUACCCUGGACUGCAAGCCCUAGAUGAGGAAUAUUUAAAAGUGGAUGCUCAAUUCGGUGGAGUUGACCAGAGGAAGAUUUUCACAAUGUCUGAAAAGUACUUGCCUCAAUUAGGGUACGCUAAAAGGAUACAUUUAAUGAACCCCAUGGUUCCUGGCUUGACUGGAGCCAAAAUGUCUUCAUCUGAAGAAGACAGUAAAAUUGACCUUCUUGACAACCCAUCCAAUGUAAAGAAGAAGCUCAAGAAGGCAUUCUGUGAGCCUGGAAAUAUAACUGAUAAUGGAGUGUUAUCAUUCACCAAACAUGUCAUCUUCCCACUAUACAAGCCGGGCGACAGCUUCAAGAUUGUCAGAGCACCAGACCAUGGUGGUGAUGUUACUUAUGCCAAGUAUGAAGACUUGGAGGCAGCAUUCGCUAAACAAGAAAUCCAUCCUGGAGACUUAAAAGCCUCUGUAGAACUUGCCAUCAACAAACUACUAGCUCCCAUUCAUGAAAUAUUCAAGGACCCUAAGUUGCAAGAGCUGACUAAGAAAGCCUACCCACCACCUACUAAAGUUAAGGGCAAUGCUGCCCCUGCAGUUGAUGAAGUGACUCCAUCUAAACUGGACAUCAGGGUUGGACAUAUUGUUGAGGUCUCAAAGCAUCCUGAAGCUGAUGGACUUUAUGUAGAGAAGAUUGAUCUUGGGGAGGAGGAGCCAAGAACUGUGGUUUCUGGCUUAGUCAACUUUGUGCCUAUUGAAGAGAUGCAGAAUAGAGAUGUUGUGGUCCUUUGUAACUUGAAGCCUGCCAAGAUGAGGGGUGUAGAGUCCAAGGGAAUGGUACUUUGUGCGUCAGUAGAUGAGCCCAAACAAGUUGAGCCAUUACUAGCUCCCGAAGGAAGCAAGGCUGGUGAUAGAAUUGUAAUAGAGGGCUAUGAAACUGGAGAGCCAGAUGCAGUUCUGAACCCUAAGAAAAAAGUUUGGGAAAAAUUACAAGUUGACUUGAAAACUAAUGAUAACUUGUUGGCUGUAUGGCAAGGCAACAAACUGAUAAGCAAGGUCAAUGGUAAUUCAGUUACAACAAAGUCUAUGAAAAAUGCUCCUAUUAAAUAAGUUACAAUGUUGAUCACUUUUUUAAAAUAAUAUUUUUUUAAUACUUUCA